AACGGAGCACCAGUCAGAAAAGAGAGCAAGCUCGAGGGCGGCGCGUCGUCCUCAGCUGCCGACAGAACGAACCACCGUCGUAUUUGCCGACCGGCCGGCCAGCUGUUGGAAGCUGUGAGCAACCCGGGGAGACAACGAAUCGGAGCUGAGCCGAGAGAGAGGGAGGGAGGGGAUGGGGAACCCGAAGCAGAAGUGGACGGCGGAGGAAGAGGAAGCUCUCCGGGCCGGCGUCGCCAAGCACGGGACGGGCAAGUGGAAGGACAUUCAGCGAGAUCCCGAGUUCAACCAGUUCCUCUUCUCUCGCUCCAACAUUGAUCUCAAGGAUAAAUGGCGGAAUAUGAUUGGAGGUGGCAGUGGGCAAGGUGCAAGGGAUAAAUCACGGGUUCUCAAGACAAAAGCCACCCAGGAUGUUCCAUCCACUGCUGCCGUUCAGGCUCCUAGUGUACCAGUUCAGGAUGAUGCAUCGGCUGAUGCAACUGUUGAUGGUCCUUCAAAAGCCUUAGACGACGGAAAAAGUGCUCCAAGGUACAAUGCGAUGAUAUUUGAAGCACUUUCAGCCUUGAAAGAGCCCAAUGGCUCAGAUAUUGGUGCAAUUUUCAACUAUCUUGAGCGGAGGCAUGAGUUGCAGCCAAACUUUAGGAGGUUGUUAAGCUCAAGAUUAAGAAGGCUCGUUGGACAAGACAAAUUAGAAAAGGUCCAAAAUGGCUACAAGCUAAAGGAGGAAACUGGUGUAGAGACGAAAAUGCCUGCUCCUUUGAGAGAGAAAGACAUUCGACCCAGGCAGCUCCCGCCCCCCACCACCACCACCACCACUGCAAAUGUAAACUUUGGCGAAACAAUAGAAGAUGCGGCUGUCGCAGCUGCAUACAAGAUCGCUGAAGCAGAGAACAAGGCCUUUGUGGCUGCGGAAGCGGUCAAGGAGGCUGAGAGGGUCUCAAAGAUGGCAGAAGAUGCAGAUUCGAUGCUCCUUUUGGCCCGGGAGGUUUUAGAACGAUGCUUGGGAGAUGAGCUUGUGCUCGUGGCAUGAAGGCUGAAUAGUUUCCAAGAAAAAGGAACUGGGUAAGGCUUCACCUUGUAUAUAAAUACAUAGGUUAACUCUAGUUUUCCAGUUCUUUUGUACCGUGGGACAUGUAGCAAUAAGGUUGGCUCGAUUUUUGUACUAAAAAAUCACUGAAUGAAACCACUCUAUUUUGAGGGAAGAGACAGCUUUAUUCUCUGUAACCUUAAUCAUUCAAGUACAUUGUGCCUUAGAUUGUGGAAAAUGUAUUAACAUAUUUCAGUUAGUUGUCAUCUUCACACGUCAAGAAGAGAUUGCAGUUGGUCA